AUGAAGUUCCGAAUAGAGGACCUCGACGUGUACUUCCCGUACGAGUACAUCUACCCGGAGCAGUACGAGUACAUGGUGGAGUUGAAACGUACGCUGGACGCCAAGGGCCACUGCGUGCUGGAGAUGCCGACGGGCACGGGCAAGACGAUCACGCUGCUGUCGCUCAUCACGUCGUACCAGAUGGCGCGCAAGGGCACGGGCAAGCUCGUGUACUGCACGCGCACGGUGCACGAGAUGGAGAAGGCGCUCGCCGAGCUGCGCCUGCUGCACGCCUACCAGCAGACCGCGCUCGCGGGGGAAGCCGCCGCCGGCGCCGGCGCGGGGGGAAACGGCGCAGGGGGGAAAGGCGCGAGCGGAGUCCCGCGGAUAUUAGCCCUGGGGCUGAGCUCGCGCAAGAACCUGUGCAUCCACCCGGUGGUGGCGGGCGAGGGGUCGCGCGAGAGCGUGGACGCGGGGUGCCGCAAGCGCACGGCGUCGUGGGUGCGCGCGGCCGCGCUGGAGAACCCCGACAUCGAGGUCUGCACCUACUUUGACCAGUUUGACCGCAAAGGACAAGAAGCCGCUCUGCCGCCCGGAGUGUACACGCUCCAGGACCUGCGGGCGUUUGGGCGGGAGAAGGGGUGGUGCCCGUAUUUUCUGGCACGGCACAUGAUCAAUUUCGCUAACGUGGUGGUGUACAACUACCAGUACCUGCUGGACCCCAAGGUGUCGGGGAUAAUCUCGCGGGAGCUGGAGCGGGAGAGCAUUGUGGUGUUUGACGAGGCCCACAACAUCGACAACGUGUGCAUCGAGGCUUUAAGCGUCAACGUGCGCCAGCAGACCAUUGAUGGCGCUCACAGGAACCUCGCCCGGCUCAACACAACCAUUGAGCGGUUCAAGGCAACGGACGCGGAGAGGCUGAAGGAGGAGUACCGACGGCUGGUGGAUGGGCUGGCGCAGAGAGGCAACCUGCCAGCAUCGGACAUGUGGCUGGCGAACCCACUGCUGCCAGCGGACAUCCUACAGGAGGCGGUGCCGGGCAACAUCCGCCGCGCGGAGCACUUCCUGGCCUUCCUGCGGCGCUUCCUCGCCUACCUGCAGACGCGCCUCAACACCACGCGCGUCGAGUCCGAAGGGCCCCUCGCCUUCCUGCAUGCCCUGCAGGCAGCAACGGGCAUAGAGAGCAAGAGUCUGCAGCUGUGCUACGACCGGCUGCAGUCGCUGCUGUUGACGCUGCAGGUGGCGGAGGUGGACGAGAUGGGCCACCUGCAGUGCGUCUGUGACCUCGCCACGCUCAUCGGCACGUACACGCGCGGCUUCGCGAUCAUCAUCGAGCCCUUUGAUGAACGCCAGCCACAACUAGCUGACCCCGUGCUGCAGCUGAGCUGUCUGGAUGCAUCACUGGCCAUCCGCCCCACCUUUGAGCGGUUUCAGAGUGUGAUAAUAACGAGCGGCACGCUGAGCCCCAUCGACCUGUACCCGCGCCUGCUCAACUUCCACCCCGUCUGCAUCCGCUCCCUCUCCAUGUCGCUCUCGCGUGACUGCCUCUGCCCGCUCGUUGUCACCCGCGGCAGCGACCAGCUGCCGCUGAGCACGCGGUUUGACAUGCGCAGCGACCCCGGUGUCGUGCGCAACUACGGCCGCCUGCUCGUCGACAUGGCCGCGUGCGUGCCGGAUGGCAUCGUUUGUUUCUUUGUGAGCUACGCGUACAUGGACGGCAUUGUGAACAGCUGGAACGACAUGGGCAUCCUCAAGGAGGUGAUGGAGCACAAGCUGGUGUUCAUCGAGACACAGGACGUGGUGGAGACCACGCUCGCCCUUGACAACUACCGCCGCGCCUGUGACUGCGGCCGCGGAGGGGUCUUCUUCUCCAUCGCCAGGGGCAAGGUGGCGGAGGGGAUCGACUUUGACCGCCAUUAUGGCCGACUCGUUAUCAUGUUUGGCGUGCCCUUCCAGUACACCCUCAGCAGAAUACUGAGGGCGCGCCUGGAGUAUCUGAGGGAGACAUUUCAGAUCCAGGAGAACGACUUCCUCACCUUCGACGCCAUCAGGCAAGCAGCGCAGUGUGUGGGGAGGGUCAUUCGGUCCAAGUCCGACUAUGGCAUCAUGAUAUUCGCUGACAAGCGGUACAACCGGCAUGACAAGCGCAGCAAGCUGCCGGGGUGGAUCGUGUCGCAGCUGCCCGACGCACACCUCAACCUCUCCACCGACAUGGCCGUGCACAUCGCCAGGGAGUUUCUGCGGCGCAUGGCACAGCCGUUUGACCGGGCGGCAUCGAUGGGCGGCGCAACUGCCACUCUCCUCAGUGAAGCUGACGUGGCGGCGAUGGCCAUGGGCAUGGGCACAGCAGGAUAG